AUGUCUGAGAAAUCUCCUGGUAAUAGUAAUACCAUCUGUAAGCUUAUCGCAGCGUUCAUCGCCUUAUCAUCGCAUCUGAUAAUGCACCAAAUCGAUGUUACAUCGGCACACUUCUCCGUAGCAUUUAAAAUUCCACUUAAUAACAUUAGUAUUUACUUCAGCAAGCUGUUUAGCUUCAGAUGCAUGCUAAUCGCUGCUGGUACAGCUUCUGAACUGGUGGUCUCAGAAAUGUCAAAGAAGAUUUACCCCGACGGUAAACAAUAUAUUCGUAAGCUGGUUAGUAUGGGUUCUUUUAUUGGUGUAUUAAUUUUGAGAGUGGUUUUUCUAUUUUAUCUCUACAAGUCAUCGCAAUUGGGAUACUAUGUGUAUGUAAUUUUAAGUAUUGAGGCUUUUUUCUUCGGCUACUUCCACGCUUCUAUUAUUGGACUUGUUCCUGAGCAUUCAUUGGUCAUUGCUUUUUCUGUCAAUGCAUCUCGCUUCUUCAUUCUUUUUAUUCAGUUGAUUCUUGAUUAUUUAUUAAGAAAGUCUCCUUUGCUCAUGAUUAAGUUCCUGGUGUGGAUUGGAGUUAUAAUGACAGGGUGCGCCGUUGUCGCUUGGAUAUAUUAUAACUUUAGUUCUUGUAACACUAUUUCUGCUGUAGAUAUAGGAUUUUUAGAAGAAUGUAUGAAAGGUUCAAGUGAAUCAGAAGAUAAUAUUAAUAUAGUAGUAAAAGAACCAGACAUUGCAGAAAUAGUAGUUAAAGAAAUGGGUUUUGGCAUAACCUUUUUUAGGGCGCUCUCUCCAUUCCUAAUGUUCUUCGGCGGAUCUAUGUUCAAGGACUUUUUGUUCCCGGGCGUGCUCCCUUAUGCUCUUGUCAGGAGAGAUAGGUGUCACAUAAUAAACAUGCUCGUUCCAGUCGCUAACAUUUUGGGGCCCUUGGUUUUGUUCUUCGUUGAAUCUUUUAGGUCAUUUCAAAAGUGGACUCCGGUCUUCAAUUCUUUCUGGGCUUUAUUGAUUUUAAUGAUUUUGGUGGGUGUUUCUGCUUUCAUGGCCAUUCAUUCAAGGGUCAGAUUGUUCAGAUCAUUUAUCAACUCCGCUGAACAAGUCUCGUAUUCAACACUAAUCCUUGUAUUCUGUAACGGGUUCAUGGAUCCUCUGAGUUUUGCGGGAGUUGCGAAGAUAGUUAAAAGAGGCUUUGAAAAUGAAACUGAACAUGAAAUAAGCAAUGUUGCUAAAAACGGAUCUGAGGGAACAAAUUCUGGGAACACAGGUUAUCAGAAUGAUGGCACUAAUGGACCUGAAUUAAAGAUAACAAGGGUUGAGGGAAGCAAUAGUCUCUUGACCGUGCACAUCUUAUCCGCACUGUUUAUGCGUUUUGUUUUUUCGAAGUUAUCAGUAGGAUACAAUGAAACACGGGUCAGCCUUGGAUACUGCCUCCCCAAAUUCAGACCCAAUCAUAGAAUGUCUAGGAGAAACACUGGAUGGUACAUAUUCAGACAAACUUUCAUUCGCGCCUGGAAAGAUACUGGAAGUGAUUUCAAGCUGGAUGUAAAGAAAUAUCUGUGA